AUGCCUGAAAAACAACUACAAACAAUACCUUCUUCGCAACCUGCUGGUUCCUCUUUCUUCAAGGGAAUAAUGGAUUUCUUUGCUGACACCACCAAAAAUGCCCGACAUGAUUUUGGAAAAUUUAAAGAAGGAAUUUCAUUAGGAUUUUUAGUUCAACUACCCGAUCAACAAAAAAGAACCUUUGAAUCUGGAGAGACUAAAUAUUUCACAGACUCUCGAGCAAUUUUGGAUCCUAGAAGGCAUCGAAAAAGUCUACCUAAUUUUCAAAAAACCAAUCGUAAUAUUUACAAACAUAAUCCACUGAAGCAGCGUCAAUCAAAAUCAGGUGCUUUCGAAAUCGAACGGGGGAAAAAAAAUAGAGAAAAAGAUCUUUGGCAUGAAAUCAAAGAAUUAAACCAAAAAGUGGCUUUACUCGAAAAAAUAGUUUCAGAGUUGCGAGCUACAAAUAAUAAUCUAAACAGUAUACAAAAUCAUAACGAAAACUAUAAUGCUCAGUUUAUUCCGUUACCGCCUCCGCCUCCGCCGCCACCACUAACUACAACACAUGGAUCAUCGUUAACCGUGCAAGCUCUUAUUCAUCUUCGAAAUAAUCUAAAAACAAUAAAAAAUCAAGAAAAUAUUAAGACAACAGCGGCUGCAACAAUCGAACCAAAUAAAUGCUAUGUAUCGCCGCAACACCCAUCACAUCCAACCACAGACAUGACUGCACUUUUGGAAGAUUUAAAAAAUGUAAAGCUUCGCAGAACUAAUUUAUUGAGAUCAACGAGUGGGUAUAUUUCAUCAAUUUCCACUCCAAAUUCAGAACAAGACGCUUUAGCGUUAGUUUUAAAGCGUAAAUUUCGACAUAGCAGUGAACCAUCUUUAUCAUCUUCUAUAUCCACCAUUUCAAUUGAUUCUGAAUCUACAUACAAUAACUUCUCGUCGCCAGUAUCCAAAAUAACGUGCCAAUCCGAAAAUAAGGAUAAAGAUUUAGAGAAUCAUCAACAUUUACUAGGCUAUUCGGUGAAACGCCAAAAAACCUAG